UGGUGUACUGCCAACUUUCAGAUUUGCAUACAAUUAUAUAGGCAGGCAGAGAACAGGUAGUCGUCAGUAGCUACCCGUGUGCAGCUUGUGUUGAAGCGUGCCGGGGCGUAGUUCUGGAGUCCAGAAGACGUUUGGACUGAAGCUGACAUGAUGCACUUGAAGUUGAACAGAAGGGACCAGUUCACUCACAAAGCAUUCCUUCUUGCAACCAUACUAACAGUAUGCCGUGGAAUAGCUGUGAACAGAAACGAUGACACGUCCGUCGUGAAGCGAACAAGGCGAGCAUCACAAGCAACAUCACCUGACCCCUGUGAUCAGGCCACCUGUGCCCCUCCUGGUCAGGGCUUCUGUAAGGCCAUCAGUGACACACAAUACAGCUGUCAUUGUCUACCAGGAUUCAAGGAUGUCAACGGAGAUGGCAGCGUUUGUGAAGCCCUCCACCCUCCGGGUUCCUGGCAGCCUCCAGCAGACCCCUGUGAUCAGGCCACCUGUGCCCCUCCUGGUCAGGGCUUCUGUAAGGCCAUCAGUGACACACAAUACAGCUGCCACUGUCUACCAGGAUUCAAGGAUGUCAACGGAGAUGGCAGCGUUUGUGAAGCCCUACACCCCCCUGGUGCUGCCCGGCCCCAAGCUGACCCAUGUGACCGUGCUGAUUGUGCCCCUGAGGGACAGGCCAAGUGUGUCCCCCUGAGUCCCACCAAGUACCGCUGCGAAUGUCUGCCAGGAUACAUUGGGGAUGGAAGAGUCUGUAAAGAACCGUCCUGUAAGACCCAAAAGUUGAAAGUGGACCUGGUCUUCCUGCUGGAUGGGUCGGGUAGCAUUGGACGAACCAACUUUCAAAAGCUGAAGGACUUUACCUCCCAGAUCGUCAACACAUUUGACAUCUCCCCCACCCACACGCGGGUUGGAGUGGUGCAGUACGCCACGCUUCCCAACACUGAAUUCGAAUUGAACAGUUACUCUGACAGAUCACAUGUACUCUCGGCCAUUGAGAGAAUUCCUUACAAGAGGGGGAGCACCAACACUGGGAAAGCCAUUGAUUUCGUUCGUCGGAGGAAAUUCAUACCCACCAACGGUGACCGUGAAGAUGUCCGGGACGUGUUGAUUGUCAUCACGGAUGGAGAGUCGUACGACGACGUGGUGGACCCAGCCCGCCGCGCCGCACAGAGCGGAAUCACUCUCUAUGCAGUGGGGGUCGGCGACGGCGUGAAUGACAGGACGUUAGAACACAUUGCGGGGGAUUCGAGUCGAGUUCUACAUGUCUCCGACUAUUCAUCACUUGCCGCCAUUGCACAAGAGCUUCAGGAGACAGUGUGUGAAGGACCAUACAAAAGUCUUGGCUGCUGGAUAGACACCGAGGACCGUGCCAUCGAUACUUUGGAAGGGACGGACACUUUACUGGACACAUUCAACUACCACAAACGUCCGAAUGCCGUUCACAAGUGCUACCAGGUUGCCCUGAGCCGUGGUUUUACGGUGUUUGCCGUUCAGAAUGGAGGACAGUGUUUCUCUUCCAAAACAGCACAGGACACAUACUGGAAGUAUGGCCGGUCACUGUCCUGUGGAUAUGAUGGGAAAGGAGGACCCUGGUCAAACCAAGUCUACCAGAUUGUUGCCAUGAACAAGGUCACACCCACAUUGCCACCAGGUGAGCUCAAGCAAUGUCUGCAUGAAAGAUUUUAA